CAUGGGUAGGAUCACUAGGUCUUCCGCCUCCAAGCAGGUAGAUGGGGCUAGGAAAACACGAUCCACCUAUCUUUGGAGACAAGCUCGAAAGAGUCCAUUUCCCUUGCGACCAACCCGUCGCGUCAUCCUGUCCGUAUCUGCGGAGAAGCUGAAAGCCUUGUUGAUGAACAACGAGCAAAAAGCUGGCGAAUCUAUCAAUUUACAGUCGACUGAAGCGGGUGAAGGCAGAGAACAGGAGCAGCCAACCUCACACAAAAUCUUCCUAAAGCUUUCGGCCGAGAAGAUCAGAGUUUCGGCGUCGAUCGACAGAGAGUCAGAUACAGGUAUCCCAGCGAAAGAUCAAUCUCCAACUGAGCCGCUCACUGUCGCUGAGACCGCGACCACUAAGGCCGUUGAUACCGCUGCGACCAAAGAAACUUUGGACUCGGUGCCUGGGCUAAAGAGCACGAUAGAAACGCUCCAGACUACAAUGGGCCUGCAGGCCGCCAAAAUCGAGGAACUUAAAGACCAGAACCAGUGUAUCCAGGAAAGAGUCGGAGAACUAGCAUUCGCGAACGACACCUUGAAAAUGCAAAAUGAAGGGCUGGUCCUCAUGCAAUCUCGUCACGAAGAUCAAAUGCGAGCGAUCACCGGGAAUCUCAACCAAGAGAGAAGUCGCUUCCUCCACAAAUUGACAACCUGGGAGAGGACAAUAAGCUUUCACAAAAGAGCAUUUCGGGGGCCAAGCGCACAACGCGCAAUUUCAUUUCAAUGGCUGGUGCUAAACCUCCAGGAGAUCAAGACAACAAUAGAAGAACUCCAAACUCAAGUUCAUCGUCGCCAAAGCCCAGGUAGCUUGAGUUCGAUUCGGGGGUAA